AUCGAGCCGGUUCGUACCACAUCAAAAAGAAAGUUAAGAAAGAAGGUUCUUAAGAAACCACCUCGGUUUGAAUUUUAUUCGACUCUUGCGAUUGUUGGUUUUAAAUAAUUCCUUGUUUUUUCAAUAAAAAUCAAAUAAAAAUUUGUGAAAUUCCUCAAAUAGUAGGAUGAUUGUCCUCGGCUUCGUUGACUUGUCUUGUCCUAUUGUACAAUCGCUUAUAGCGGUCGGAAUCGUUGGAUUUUUUACAUUGAUCGCUUUGUUAAAGUUUUACGCUUACGUUACGUGUGGUAGAUUCGCUAGUAAUCGAAAAAUGAAUGGAAAAACUGUUAUUAUAACCGGAGCAACUGGUGGAAUUGGCAAAGAAACUGCUCGAGAUAUAGCCAAAAGAGGAGCAAAACUGAUUUUAGCUUGUAGAAAUAUUGAAAAUGCAGAAAAAGUUAAAGAUGAAUUAAUUGAAUCAACAGGAAACGAAAACAUUAUCGUCAAAAAGUUAGAUAUCUCUUCAUUAAAAUCCGUUCGUGAGUUUGCUAAAGAUAUAAAUUCAACAGAAAAUCGUUUAGAUGUUUUGAUUCAUAACGCUGGAACUGCUGAAUCGAAAACUAAAGUAACUGAAGAUGGAUUGGAAUUAACCAUGGCUACAAAUCAUUUUGGGCCGUUUUUAUUAACACAUUUAUUAAUAGAUCUUUUAAAACGUUCUGGACCAAGUAGAAUAGUGAUCGUUGCAUCCGAACUUUACCGAUUAGCAAAAGUAACAACAAACAAUUUAAAUCCAAUAAACAGUUAUUUUCCGUUAUUUCUUUAUUACGUUUCGAAAUAUGCCAACAUUUAUUUUACCCGAGAAUUGGCAAGAAGAUUGGAGGGAACGAACGUAACAGCGAAUUGUUUACACCCGGGAAUGAUUGAUUCAGGGAUAUGGAGAAACGUCCCAAUUCCAUUAAAUUGGGGCAUGAUGUUGAUUGUGAAAGGAUUUUUUAAAACUCCAGUUCAAGGAUGUCAAACUUCCGUUUUUCUCGCUGCCUCCGAAGAAGUUGAAGGUGUAAACGGGAAGUAUUUUAUGGAUUGUAAGGAAAGGGGGCUCUCCGCGGCCGCUAUGGAUAUGGGAAAAGCGAAAAAGAUUUGGGAGGAAUCCGAAAAAUUGGUUAAAUUAACUAAUGAAGAUCCAAGAAUUUAAUUUAAUUAUUAUUUAAAAUAUUGUUUAAAAGAAAAAACAAAAUUGUGUUUUGUUUUAAUAAAUUUGUCAUA